GAACGGGAAGUGACGUUGCCGAACGAAUCACCAAAGACCGCUUCGCAGUAUAACUGAACGGGACAACAAUUUUCAUGAAGAAUUUGGAUGAGGUCCCUAAGGUCCUGGAUAUAAUUGAAUUUUUUUCGAAGGCGUCUGGUUUAAUGUUAAACCUUAAGAAAUGAGAGGCACUGUCAAGAUGGAUAUGUCAAAGCUUCCAAAGAUCCAGGAUGCGGAGCGAGAAAGCCAGUUUGGAUACGUCCAUGGAGUUUCUGGACCAGUGGUGACAGCUACAGCAAUGGCCGGAGCAGCCAUGUAUGAGCUGGUCCGUGUAGGCCAUAGCGAGUUGGUUGGAGAGAUCAUUCGUUUAGAAGGAGACAUGGCCACUAUCCAGGUCUAUGAGGAGACUUCUGGUGUGUCUGUGGGUGACCCUGUUUUACGCACAGGUAAACCUCUCUCUGUAGAGUUAGGACCAGGUGUCAUGGGCUCCAUCUUUGACGGCAUUCAGCGACCACUCAAAGACAUCAAUGACCUCACGCAGAGCAUCUACAUCCCAAGAGGAGUAAACAUUGGCGCUCUAAACAGAGAUUUAAAAUGGGAAUUUACACCUAGCCAAAGUCUUCGGGUUGGCAGUCAUGUUACAGGUGGCGACAUUUACGGCAUGGUGUUCGAGAACUCUUUAAUCAAUCAUAAACUGAUGCUUCCGCCUCGCAGCAGAGGCACCGUGACCUACGUGGCACCGCCUGGGAAUUAUGAUGUCUCUGAUGUUGUUCUGGAGCUGGACUUCGAAGGCAUAAAGGAGAAAUUUACAAUGGUGCAGGUUUGGCCUGUGAGACAAGUACGCCCGGUCACAGAGAAAUUGCCUGCCAAUCAUCCUCUCCUCACUGGUCAGAGAGUCCUGGAUGCACUUUUCCCCUGCGUGCAGGGCGGCACCACAGCUAUACCAGGUGCCUUUGGCUGUGGAAAAACCGUUAUCUCCCAAUCACUGUCCAAAUACUCCAACAGUGAUGUCAUCAUCUACGUCGGGUGCGGAGAGCGUGGGAAUGAAAUGUCUGAGGUGCUGCGAGAUUUCCCUGAGCUCACAAUGGAAGUUGGUGGCAAAGUUGAAAGCAUCAUGAAGAGAACGGCACUUGUUGCCAACACAUCGAAUAUGCCAGUAGCUGCCAGAGAGGCUUCAAUCUAUACAGGAAUUACACUCUCUGAAUACUUCCGAGAUAUGGGUUACAACGUGAGCAUGAUGGCCGACUCUACCUCACGAUGGGCUGAAGCUCUAAGAGAAAUCUCUGGCCGAUUGGCUGAAAUGCCCGCCGACAGCGGGUACCCAGCCUACCUUGGUGCUAGGCUCGCCUCUUUUUACGAACGAGCGGGACGCGUGAAGUGUCUGGGAAAUCCCGAGAGAGAAGGCAGCGUCAGCAUCGUUGGAGCUGUGUCGCCGCCUGGUGGCGAUUUCUCAGACCCCGUCACGUCAGCCACAUUGGGAAUAGUUCAGGUGUUCUGGGGACUGGACAAAAAGUUGGCUCAGCGAAAACACUUCCCGUCUGUGAACUGGUUGAUUAGUUACAGCAAGUACACAAGGGCACUAGAUGAAUACUACGAUAAACACUUCCCGGAGUUCGUACCUCUUCGUACAAAAGCAAAGGAGAUUCUCCAAGAAGAAGAGGAUUUGGCUGAGAUAGUGCAGCUUGUGGGAAAGGCUUCUCUGGCUGAGACCGACAAGAUCACUCUGGAGGUGGCAAAACUCAUUAAAGAUGACUUCCUGCAGCAGAACGGCUACACACCUUACGACAGAUUCUGCCCCUUCUACAAAACGGUCGGCAUCCUCUCAAACAUGAUCGCCUUUUACGACAUGUCACGGCACGCCGUCGAGUCGACGGCUCAAAGCGACAACAAGAUCACCUGGGCCAUGAUCAGGGAGCACCUAGGCGAGAUCCUGUACAAAAUCAGCUCGAUGAAGUUUAAGGACCCAGUCAAAGAUGGUGAAGCUAAAAUAAAAGCAGAGUACGCCCAGCUGCUAGAGGACAUGCAGAACGCGUUCCGGACCUUGGAGGAAUGAAUUCAACUCCUAAGCACCCCCCCUUUAAUUUCUCACCCCCCAUAUUUGGUGGUGCAGUCUAGUGCAGAUUAAAUGGUCCUAUUCCUGAAUAUCACGUGAACUCCUUUGUUUACCCUCCCAUGUCAGCAUUCCAUCAUGUGCACACGUUUUACAGUUUAUCCUGUUGAUUUACUGUAAUAUGGACCAGUCAAUACAUAUUUAUUCAUGCAUCACGGUGUUGCAUAUGAAAGUCAGGUGCUGCUGCAACAAGAGGGAACCUACUGGGAACAUUACAUGACCGUGAAUAAAGGGACUUUGAGAUGUCUGGAGGAAGGCUGAGCAAUCUCCCGCCUCCUUCUAACCUCAAAAGUGUGACAAUAAUGUGAUUUUGUGGACUAUAUACUUGAUAUUAUGUGUAAAUUGUGAAUGAAUGAGUAUUAGUUGUGUUGUAACAAAAGAUGUUUAAGUAAACUCAACUGUCUCAUAAAAUAUAUGAAUAUGCAAUAC